AUGUCAAGUUCAUCUGGGAAAAGGAAAAGGUCAGUUUCAUUGCGCACGCAGAUGUUCAAUAAGCACUUAUAUGACAAGUUUUAUAAACGUAAGGAUCAAGGCAUUGAGAUGGAAGACAUACAGGAAAAUGGGGGGAACGAUUCCGAUGGUAACAACGGAAACAGAGAGGAGGAUGAAAUUUACGAAGAAUAUGAGGAGGAGCUUGAGGAGGAUGAAGAGUCCAAUAACCGAAGUACCAAACCUCCCGGUACAUUCACAAGAAUAUUGGAUGGUAUUAUGAAUAGAACAAGAGAAAUUCAUUCAAAGGAUGGCCGACAUAUACCCAUUAUUUUAGACCAUGAUACAGCGGAGUAUAAACAUUAUUCCUCGCCGAAGUGGGACCAGCUCAUAGAUGAGCGAUUAGGGGUACCGUAUUGUAAAAAUAGGAUAACUUCAUCCAGAUACACUGUUUAUACCUUCUUUCCUCGACAGAUCUAUGCUCAAUUUUCAAAGAUCGCCAAUGCAUAUUUUUUCCUGGUGGCUAUUUUACAAAUGGUUCCAGGUUGGUCUACUACAGGUACUUACACAACAAUUAUCCCUUUAUGCGUAUUUAUGAGUAUUUCAAUGGCAAGGGAAGCGUGGGAUGAUUUCAGAAGGCAUCGCCUAGAUAAAGAGGAAAACGAAAAAGAGGCGGAGGUGCUUCUCAAAAUUAAGGUUGGAUCGAGGCCUUCCUCACAAGAGUCUGCAUUGUCCAAGAGUACUAAAACCGAGCAUGCAAGAAGCUUUGCUAGUUUGAAUGUUACUAAUCAGUCAAAAUCUGGUCCAAAUUUCACUCAAUUUAACAACUUCGAAAUGCUAAAGGAAAGACAUAGCGUUUUCACCGAAAAGAAACAAUGGCAAAACUUGCGUGUUGGAGAUUUUGUCCUGUUAAAACAGGACGACUGGGUCCCCGCGGAUAUGUUGCUAUUGGCUUGUGAUGGAGAUAACAAUGAAUGUUAUGUUGAAACCAUGGCGUUAGACGGAGAAACAAAUUUGAAAAGUAGACAACCUCAUCUGGAACUAUGUAAAUUGGCACGUUCUGCUUCCGGCCUCGCAAACAUAAACACAAAGGUUACCGUAGAGGAUCCCAAUAUUGACCUUUAUAAUUUCGAAGGUAAUUUGGAAAUGCGUGGCAAUCAGAACGGCUCGUUAUUGAAGUUUCCUUUAGGCCCAGAAAAUGUUAUUUAUCGUGGUAGUAUUCUGAGAAACACACAAAACGUAGUUGGAAUGGUUAUCUUCACGGGUGAAGAAACCAAAAUCCGUAUGAAUGCUCUAAAGAAUCCUAGGGUAAAGGCCCCAAAAUUGCAGAGAAUUUUGAAUGGAAUUGUAGCAUUCAUGGUCCUUGUUGUCGCAUGUGUGUCAUUUUUCUCAUAUUUGGGCCAUGUUCUCGUUAAUAGAAAAUUCAUUGAUCAAAACCAAGCAUGGUAUUUAUUGCAAACCGAUGCAGGUGUUGCACCAACUAUUAUGUCAUUCAUCAUCAUGUAUAAUACCAUGAUUCCUUUAUCCUUAUACGUCACAAUGGAAAUAAUAAAAGUCAUGCAAAGCAAAUUGAUGGAGUGGGAUAUCGAUAUGUAUCACGCAGAAACAAAUACACCUUGUGAGUCUCGAACAGCCACAAUUUUAGAAGAACUGGGACAGGUAUCAUAUAUUUUCAGCGACAAGACAGGCACUUUGACGGAGAAUAAGAUGAUAUUUCGAAAAUUCUCAUUAUGUGGUACAUCUUGGCUCCACGAUGUGGACCCUGGAGACGAACCUAUUAAAGCAGUUACAUCUAGAGUAAACAAUGAUGUUGAAGUGAUAUCAUAUGAUAGUCGUGGUAUCCUUGAUCAAUUUAGUCUUCAAAAUGAUUCUAAUGAUGAUCAUUCUGUUCAUGGAGUGUUUGCCGGAAGAAAAUCAGUAGAAUACAAGGGAAACUCUACAGCAACAUAUACCGGCAGACCAAGUAUGAAAUCCUUAUACGGAAAAGGAGACCCCACCUUGUUUUCGACUAAGACUCCUCAGACUACCGAGGGUCCAGCCCCUUUAAAGACAUCAUAUGAAUUGAUAGAAUAUGUUCAAAAACAUCCACAAACAGUAUUUGCUCAAAAAGCUAAAUUUUUUAUUCUGUCACUUGCUUUGUGUCACACAUGUUUACCUAAAAGAAAUGAAAACUUUCCUGAAAGAGAGGAUGCCAUAGAAUACCAAUCAUCUUCGCCGGACGAACUUGCACUGGUAACUGCAGCAAGAGAUUUGGGAUAUAUGGUAUUCAACAGAAAUGCCCAGUCACUUACGAUUAAAACCUUUCCAAACGGCUUCGAGGACGAACCACAACUGGAUGAUUAUGAAAUUUUGAAUUACAUCGAUUUCAAUUCCCAAAGAAAGAGAAUGUCGGUGCUAGUAAAAAUGCCCAAUGAACCUGAUAGAGUAUUACUCAUCUGUAAAGGUGCUGAUAAUGUGAUCUUCGAAAGACUAUCCAAUCGUGAUGUGGCAUUUCAGAAGCUAAAUGAAGUAAAUGCUAACACAAAAGAACGCAAAGAUGCUGAAGCAGAACUUAUCAUUCAACAAAGAAUGUCUCUAGAGCGACUUGCAAAUGAGGAUGAUGUUAUUAACAACAAACUUAGAUCGUCAUUAUCAAGCGCUUCGAAAGGUAGUCUGUCUCUACAAGCUGUCAGAAAAAGUAUGUCUCGAAAUGCCAACAAUCGCCAUGAUCCAGAGAUGCAGAUUGAUUCAAUCGAUCAAUUUUUGAAUACCAUUAAGCGAAAUGAUGAUGAAAUUGGGGAUGUAAUUAACCAAAGCAGAAAAUCGUUGCACAAGCAGCAACAGGAAAAGUAUGGAUCCAGAAAGUCGGUGGACCAUGGCCAAGCUUCAAAUGGGUCGCCUCACAAGAAUGUGUCCCAACACGGUGGAGUUCCUUCUUACACAAAUAGUAUCCUUAAUUACAUUGGGGACGAUAACUUGAUGAGUAACGAAGAAUUUGUCAUUGAAAGGACUCUCCAAGCCAUUGAUGAGUUCUCAACCGAAGGUCUGAGAACUUUGCUGUAUAGCUACAAAUGGAUAAGUACAAGUGAAUACGAUGAAUGGGCCCAGCGAUAUCACAAAGCUAAAACAUCACUAACAAAUCGCAAAACCAAAAUAGACGAAGUUGGUGAAGAAAUUGAGGAGGAACUGCACUUACUGGGAGCAACCGCAAUAGAAGACAAGCUUCAAGAAGGUGUAGCAGAGUCCAUAGAGAAGAUAAGACGAGCUGGCAUACACAUGUGGAUGUUGACCGGAGAUAAAAGAGAAACAGCCAUUAACAUUGGAUAUUCAUGCAAGCUUAUUUACGAUUAUUCUACUGUAGUCAUAUUAACUACCAACGAUGAGAAUAUCGUUUCAAAAAUGAAUGUGAUCACGCAGGAAAUUGAAUCUGGAAAUGUUGCGCAUUGCGUUAUUGUUAUCGAUGGUGCAACUCUAGGUCUAUUUGAAAACAAUCCCACUCUCAUGUCUGUUUUCAUCGAACUUUGUACCAAAACUGACUCUGUGAUAUGCUGUCGUGCCUCGCCGUCUCAGAAAGCUUUAAUGGUAAGUAAUAUUCGCAAUACGCGCAAAAAUUUAGUUACUUUGGCCAUAGGUGAUGGUGCAAAUGACAUUGCCAUGAUCCAAUCUGCUGAUAUAGGAAUCGGUAUUGCAGGUAAGGAAGGGUUACAAGCAUCGAGAUCAUCUGAUUAUUCCAUUGCUCAAUUUAGAUUUUUAACCAAACUUCUUUUUGUGCAUGGCCGCUACAACUAUAUUCGUACUUCCAAAUUUGUUCUUUGUACUUUUUACAAAGAAAUUGCAUUUUAUUUGACCCAGUUAAUUUAUCAGAGAUAUACAAUGUUUUCUGGUACUUCUCUUUAUGAAUCAUGGUCUUUAUCUGUCUUUAACACUCUUUUCACAUCAUUACCGGUGCUAUGUAUUGGUAUGUUUGAGAAAGAUUUGAAGCCAGUUACUUUACUAACAGUGCCAGAGCUUUACACUACUGGAAGGCUGUCUCAGGCAUUCAAUCUUUCGAUAUUUCUACAGUGGAUUAUUUUAGGAACCUGCAACUCCCUUUUAAUUACAUUUUUAAAUGUUAUCGCAUGGGGUGAGACAUCAUUGAGCGACAACACUUUAUAUCCUUUGGGAGUUGUAAACUACACUGCACUCAUUUUUCUAAUUAACAUCAAAUGUCAAUUUGUGGAGACGCAUAAUAGAAAUUGGUUGGCCUUUACUUCUGUCAUAAUUUCAUGCAUUGGAUGGCUUCUGUGGUGUUGCAUAAUUCCGCGGCUUCAAAAAGCAGGUAAAAUAUAUGAUGUGCAACAUGGUCUCUACGAAACUUUCGGAAACGACAUAACGUUCUAUGCUACAGUUCUCGUUUUAAUUUCCUUACCGAUAAUGGUUGAUAUUGUUUAUAAAACAUUCAUUGUUAUGAUUAGACCAACCGAUACUGACAUUUUCGCAAGAUUAGAACAGAGAAGUGAAGUUCGCAAAAAAUUGGAAUUUGGGGCUUAUAACGAAAUGAAACAGGGUUGGACUUGGGAAAGAGAUCCCGGAACGUUUAAAACGUAUAGGGAUAGGGUCUUCUCACCCAGAUCCAGAGCAAAUUCCAGUGCAAGUAGCAAAAAUGAAUCGCAAAUGGAAAAUGGGAGAACAAGGACCAAUACAACGUCGACAAGCGAUCCUGAAAAUAUCACUUCCAACAAAGGAGAAUGGGCUUUGAACAAUUAUGAUAAUGAUAAGUAUGAGAUGUUGCCAAGUGGCAAACUAAUCAAAAGACAAAUUGCUGAGGAAGAUAUCGAUUCAAAUAAAAAUGGUAAAUCAAAAGAUAAAAGAACUUCAAUCAUCCCAAAAAAACUGAGAUUUACACUGAAGGAUAACGAUGAAGAGGACGAAGAAAUUAGAGCGAUCAUUGAACAAAGGAUGCAUGAUCUCGAGUGA